AUGUCUGAAUCCAACAAAAUGUCCAAAAACGGUGAUGGCCCCAAGACCACUCAGCUUGAAUGGAUCGCCGACGCACAAGACGCCAAUGCCCAAGAGCACAACCUCAAGUUCUUCAAUGCCCUGAAGCUGUAUCGCAAGUCUGUCUUCUGGGCCCUUGUUAUGUCCACUGCUAUCUUCAUGGAGGGCUAUGAUACCAUGCUCCUAGGUAAUAUGUACGGCUUACCAGCCUUCCGCAAGCGUUAUGGGCACCAUAUCAAGGGCGACAACUAUCAGAUUUCGGCUCCUUGGCAGGCUGGUCUUAGCAAUGGUAGUGCCUGUGGCCAAUUGGUUGGUCUCCUAGUGUCUGGGUAUGUUAGUGAGAGGUUUGGCUUCCGCAAAACGAUGAUCUGGGGCUUGACUGCCAGCGCUGCAUUCAUAUUCAUCCCCUUUUUCGCCCCCAGUCUUGCUGUCCUUGAAGUUGGUCAGAUUCUAUUUGGUGUUUUCAUGGGCCUCUACCAAACGAUUCCUGUCGUAUACGCUGUAGAAAUAUCCCCUGUUCGUCUCCAAGCGUAUUUGACGACUUGGGUGAACACUUGCUGGGCAAUCGGUCAUCUCAUCGGUGCCGGCAUUCUUCGAGGUAUUCUCGUGCGUGGAGAUGAGUGGGGAUAUAGGAUCCCAUUUGCCAUACAAUGGAUUUGGCCUGUUAUCCUCGUCCCGACUCUAUAUUUCGCACCCGAAUCUCCGUGGUGGCUUGUCCGCAAAGGAAGAAUGGAAGAAGCAAAAAAGGUACUGGAGCGACUCACCUCUGCGGAGCAUGUGAGCUUCGACAUCGACAAGCACAUAUCUCUUAUGGUGGUGACUACCAACUACGAGAGGACCAUUAGUGCCGAGACAUCAUACCUAGCUUGUUUUCAGGGAACCGAUCUAAAAAGGACACUGAUUGGAAUUGGUGUUUACUGCAUUCAAACUUUGAGCGGUAACAGUCUACGGAGCUACUCGACUUAUUUCAUGGAACAGGCUGGCUUCCCAACAGCUCAAGCGUCCAAUAUGACGAUCAUAAACUAUUCUUUAGCUUUAAUCGGUGGACUUGUGUCGGUGAGUUCAUCUAUCUCAUGA